AUGAACACCUUUAUUUUGUUCACUCUGCAGCUGGCUUUGGUGUGCGUCAGUCGCGCAGCUCCCGUCGGACAAGGUUUGAUGAGCGACUCGGAGUUGUCACGCGUCAUGGAAGGAGCGAAAAGUUUGGUGCGGAAAGUUUUGGGCGACAUUCCGGUGGUUCACGAAUCUUGCGUCUCUGCUCAGGGCUUGACCCUUGAUUCCUCUGGAGAUUCCAUGAAACUGGAGUACAUGGUCAACCUACUGGAGAUCCCCUCGGCACCCAAACUCAAGGCCCUGGCUGCAGACUUUACUCUGGAGAUGAGCCUGAACCACAUGGCCGAGGGCCUGCGCAUGUACAGUGGGCUGCUGCAGGUGGUGUCGGGGCGCGUGGCCUCCUCCCAGACUGUCGCUGAUCUCCGGGCCGACAUCAAGGACCUGCAGGCUCAGGUGCAGGAGAUCCAGAAGCUGUCGCACGUCUCCUCCGUGGAGGCCCAGACCGACGUCUCUGACCUGUCCUCCCGACUGACCAGCGACUAUGAUGUACAGGUGGCCACUCACGUCAUCCUGGCGCACCUGCGCAGCUUCACCCAGGACGCGUUCCGCAGCCUGCGCAACAUCGCUCACACCAGUGGCUGA